AUGUCCAAACCCAUCUCUCUCGCCAUCAUCGGCGCCACCGGCGGCGUCGGCAGUGCCUUCAUCUCCGCCCUCCCCUCCAUACGCCUUCCGCCCUCCACCGCUGCCCCUCAAUUAAUCUUCCUCUCCCGCUCCAACCAACAGCUGUACGACUCCUCCUACGCCGCUGUCUCGCCCUCAUCCCUCGCCUCUUCAGAUGCCAAGCUUCUCUCUCUCCCAGAUAUUGCCUCAUACCUCGCCUCCGCCCCCUCCAAAGUCGUCCUCAUCGACAACACCUCCUCACAAGAUGUCGCCGAAGCCUACCCAUUGUUCCUGUCCGAAGGCGUGAGUGUUAUCACUCCAAACAAGAAAGCCUUUUCAGGAUCGCUACGGUUGUGGGACGACAUCUUCGCCGCCACUUCGCGCAAUGCCCUGGUAUACCAUGAAUCCUCCGUUGGCGCGGGUCUGCCAAUUAUCUCGACGCUCAACGACCUGCUGAAGACAGGCGAUCAAGUCACCCGUAUCGAAGGAGUCUUUUCAGGGACCAUGUCGUUCUUGUUCAACACAUUUGCACCGGCAGCUGGCGGCAGUGGUGGCAAAUGGUCCGAGAUCGUGGCGCAGGCCAAGGCCGCAGGCUACACCGAGCCCGACCCGCGAGACGAUCUCAAUGGCAUGGAUGUGGCCCGGAAGUGCGUCAUCCUUGCGCGUGUCGCCGGCUUGAAGGUCGCCGGCACCGAUGCAUUCCCUAUCCAGAGCCUGAUCCCUAAAGCUCUCGAAUCGGCGGCGUCGGCGGACGAAUUCAUGCAGAAGCUACCCAACCACGACGAUGAGAUGGAGGGCUACAAAACCGAGGCAGAGAAGCAGGGCAAGGUAGUGCGCUUCGUCGGCAAGGUCGAUGUGGAGAAGGGUCAAGUCAAGGUCGGGCUGGAGAUGGUUGAACAGGGAUCGCCGAUCGCCAGCUUGAAGGGUAGUGACAACCUCAUCUGCUUCUACACCAAGCGGUACGGUGCCAAUCCGUUGGUGGUACAGGGCGCUGGCGCCGGAAAUGACGUGACCGCUAUGGGCGUCUUGGGCGAUUUGCUCAAGUGCGUCGAGAGGUUGGGCUGA